AAGUUUAGUGUACAAUAUUUGCUAGAAAUUCAGUGAGGAUGCAGAACAUGCAGAUGGUAAAAAUGGGGUUAAAACUUUAAUAAAGCCUUUAUUUCUUGUGUUAUUCCCAAACAAUGGCUUUUACUGUUGGUAGCAGUAGAAGGUGAGUAAAGGCACAAUACCGAUGGAUAAUGUGUGCAUUGUGUGUUGUUUUCAACAGCGAGCCCAUCCUUUGUCAAGCAAAUAUGAAAUGCUGAACAACUUUACAGUCACAAACUCUUUGACUGUCCGUUUGUCAUACUUGUUUGACGUUUUGCUGAGAUAGAAAUGAUUUAAAACUUGUUAACAACACAAGCAGAGUGACUAAAAAGCUGAACACUUUGCUUGGACUCAGACCUCUUGUUGUUGUAGUAAUGUUGACACUAAACCACUCCACAUGCGAGAUAAUCUUGUGUGUUUGCUGACGAGCUAUGACGAAAAAGUAUUCAGUUGGUCAGUCAGAUGCCUUCUUUCUCGAAUUUAAUGACAAAACAUACCAGAGGUCAGGCUUGUGAGACUAAAUUGUCCCUGAGAAGAACUGUUUCCUGAUCCCAACCCCAUCCUUAGCUCAGCCCACUUUUGCUCCUAGUGGAGACUGGUGUACUCAUGCAGCAGAGAAGACUUUGACCCCUCUUAUAAACUGUUUUCAGCUUUUAUUAGAAGUGCAGUAAAAUGGCAGGGAAGUGUCAAUGGCUUUCCUUCAUGUCCCUGUGACGAGGUUCCGCAAGGCCAGUUCCUGCCCUGGAGGUCAACAUAAAGUCGCUCGAGUCCCUCAACGCAGAGCAGAGUCCAGAUUGGAGGCAGAGACGACGUUUGUUCCAAGCGUUCAGGACUUUGACAAAAAGCUUGCUGAAGCAGACGCGUAUUUACAGAUUCUGAUUGACCAGUUAAAGCUCUUUGAUGAAAAGAUAAAAGACUGCAAAGAUGACGAGUCGCGCAGAAAAAUCGAGAACCUGAAAGAAACAACUUGUAGUAUGGUAGAAUCUAUCAAGCACUGUAUAGUACUGCUUCAAAUUGCCAAGGAUCAAAGUAAUGAACAGCAACACGCAAACGGACUGAUAAGCACCAUAAACCCAGUGGAUGGAGUUCACCAGCCCAGCCCCCUGGAUGCCUCUGUAGUUAGUGCCGUUGCCAUGCCAACGCAGACCACCCUCCCCACAGAUGGGGCUCAGGUGUGUAAAGCAGAACAGAGGCCUUCUUCUCUUCCCAUGGGUCCCGUCGUCACGGUGAUGGGCAGCCUUCAGACGCCCACUCCCAACAGCACAGGGAGUGGUCCUUCUGCACCCAGUAGCAGUGUCACUUCCCCCAGUCACAUGAAUGUGCCGGCCCACACUGUCCCAGAUUUCUCCUACUCUAGCAGUGAGGAUGAGUUUUAUGACGCUGAUGAAUUUCACCAGAGUGGUGCCUCACCGAAGCACUGCGCUGACCCCUCCAGAACCCCUGGUGUUAACAGUGAAGGAAAUGCAGCUCUCAAGCGACCUGACACCAACGAAUCCCUUAAUUCCUCCAUGUCCAAUGGCACAACUGAUGCAGAUCAGUAUGAUAGUCAUGAUGAGAGGGAUGACGAUGGCGAGGGAGAAUCGGUGGAGGAACAUAAGAGCGUCAUUAUGCAUCUGCUUUCACAAGUCCGGCUGGGAAUGGACCUCACCAAGGUGGUUUUACCUACGUUCAUCUUGGAGAGAAGGUCGUUGCUGGAGAUGUAUGCAGACUUCUUUGCACAUCCUGAUUUGUUCGUGAGCAUUGCAGAGCAGUCAGAGCCCCGGGAGCGCAUGGUGCAGGUGGUGAGGUGGUAUCUCUCAGCCUUUCACGCUGGCCGGAAAGGAUCUGUGGCUAAGAAGCCGUACAACCCCAUCCUAGGAGAGGUAUUCUAUUGCCACUGGGACCUUCCUUCAGAAACAGAGGAGCCUGCUUCUGGGGAGCCUGUGUCAGAAGGGCCAGUGCCAUAUUGUAGCCGGGGUAGUGUGUCAUUCGUGGCAGAGCAGGUUUCUCACCACCCACCAAUAUCUGCCUUCUACGCUGAGUGUAUAAGCAAGAAAAUCCAGUUCAACGCACACAUUUGGACCAAAUCCAAGUUCCUUGGAAUGUCCAUCGGAGUACACAAUAUUGGCCAAGGCUGUGUGUCUUGUCUAGAGCAUGAUGAACACUACAUUCUGACUUUCCCCAAUGGCUAUGGCAGGUCGAUUCUGACUGUUCCGUGGGUGGAAUUAGGUGGAGAGUGCAAUAUUUCCUGCUCCAAAUCUGGCUACAGUGCCAACAUAGUGUUCCACACCAAACCCUUUUAUGGGGGAAAGAAGCACAGGAUAACCGCAGACAUUUUUGGCCCCAAUGAUAAGAAAUCAUUCUGCUCCAUUGAAGGGGAAUGGAAUGGAGUGAUGUAUGCAAAAUGGGCUUCUGGGGAAAACUCCGUGUUUAUUGACACAAGGAAAAUCAGCAUUAUUAAAAAGAAGGUGCGGAAGUUGGAGGAUCAGUUAGAAUAUGAAUCAAGGCGGCUGUGGAAGGAUGUGACGUUGAACCUUAAGCUGAAAGACAUUGAUGCCGCCACAGAGGCCAAGCACCGUCUGGAGGAGAAACAGCGGGCUGAGGCCAGGGAGAGGAAGGAGAAGGAGGUUCAGUGGGAAACUAGACUGUUCCAUGAGGAUGGCGAGUGCUGGGUUUACGAUGAACCUCUUCUGAAGAGAAUGGCCUCACUACGACACUAGUACAGCCUCUCUGAAACAAUCGAGUCUAAGAAAGAACUCUUUUACAAUUCACGUUUCAUGUGAAGCCUUGGAAUGACUGAUGAAUGAACAUUUAAACAGCUUUGCAUUUUGGAAAUGAAUGAUAAGAACUAGACUCUAUACAAGUAAAUAUAAAAUAAAAAAAAAUUACUCCUUUCUCGCCAACUGCACCACUUCCACGCUCCACUGCUCCUUUAAGAUGGAAAAAAUCCCACACCACAGAAAUACACUGAGGUAGUUAAUGGCUCCUUAACAAGCCAAAUGAACGCUCUUGUUUUGACAGGGUGGGUCAUUCCCACAGGCAUGUUGUCUCCCACUGCGGGGUAAAAGGGGUUUUAAUCGAACAAACUGAAAGCAGCGUUCUGUAUCUCAGGGAAUCAGGUGAAUGAGGAAUGAAGGCUGUAUCUCCUGAUGUUUUAAAAGCCUUAGGUGGAACUACAACAUGGAAGAACUUGGCUCGCCUACAGCUAGCUACAGAUAUUUAUACAUACAUAUAUAGAACUUACAAUUAUAUAUUAUAUAAUGUCCUUUUUUGCCUUUUUGUUCAUCUGCAAUAGUAAUGGUUUGAAAGUAUGUACUUGAAAAUGUCAGCAUAACAACAACCAUUCCAUUUACUUCCUCUCUGUCAAUCAUUAAAUAGAAGAAAAUCCCAUGCUGUUCUCUUUUUAAAAGGUUUUGCAUCACAUCAUGUGUAGCUGCAAACAAGGAACAGUUAAGGAAACACAAAUUAAAAAUGAGGAAGCGGUUACAUCUGAAGGAACUCAAUUUGAUACACAGUCAUGCAAGUCCAUUCCAAUUCAAGUACUCUUUGUUUUAAAUGUAUAAGUUAUUAUAAAUUUAACGCUGUCCAGUGGGAGUAUGAAUGCAUAAUUAUGCAACAUAUGCAGGGUAUGCCAUGUAUUAAGCCAACUGUUAUCUUUAAAUGCCCCCAAUAAACAUCUUUCAUUUCCUCUCUCUCGCUCUCCCCCUCUCUCCCCCCUCCCUCCCUCCUUCCUCUAGAUUUGUCUUUUUUAUUCUCUCUACAUUAUAAUGAAAACAGAUGUUACCAAAUACCUAAACUAUAUCUAAUACCUAAAAAAAAGGCUAGUGGUAAUCUAUUAUGAAGAUGUUUGAAAUUCAGUUUAUUGUCAUCAGAAGGAUUCUACAGGUGUAAUGUGAGUCUGAAAGUAAAGCUAUGCUGUAGUAAAACCAUUAGGAUCCACAUUUUGACUGAGAUUGUGUUGAACUUUGCACUGUUGGUGAUUUCAUGAGCAGAAUGGUGUUGAGAAGGAUUCAUCAUUUUCAACAAGCCUAGUGAAUCAAGGUGGACAGGCAAUGGAUUAUAUAUAUAUAUAUAUAUAUAUAUAUAUAUAUAUAUAAACAUUUUCUUAUGUUUGUAAAUUUGAAAUUGAGGCCUUGCCAUAUACAUACAUUUCACUGUCAUGCAGUGUUGCUUUGCAAAAGCAAUCUAAACUGUUUUCCUCUCAUUUGACAUAACCACUGAUUGUACCAGAUUUUCAUGUUUAUUGAUGCAGAAUAUUAAAUCUCAAUGAGAACAGCUUGAGUUUUGAUUUUUUUUUUUUUUUUUUCCCAAAAUACUUAGGCCAAGGUAUAUGUUAGUUAUAAAACUUAGAGAACAGCAGCUUGUUAUAUUGUACUGCUGGACUGCUCACAGGGGUGGAUUUAGUGAUUUGGGGGCCCUAUUUCAGUGUUUUAAUAUAAAUAUUUAAAUUUUCAGCAUACAUUAUUUAGCAUUAAUAAUUAAAAAUACAUAUCAUUUGCAUUUUUUGGUUGCCUACCUUUGCCUAGAGCUAAGUCCACCCCUGACUGCUCAAAUACUAAUGAUGAUUGAUUGAAUGAGUCGACUCUUUGAGCCGACUCGCAUAUCUAAUGAGCUGUAACAUUAAACCAAGGAAUCUGUGUGCGACUGAGGAAGCAUGCCAUGAGGGUCUGACUGCAUGGUGCUUGUUACAAUGGUAUUAUGGAGUGCAGUGUACUGGGAAAGUGAAUAUCAGAAUAAAUAGACAACAGUCUUUCAAUUUGAAUUCUACUUUUAAUGAACGUUAUACACAGGCGAAGCAGUACAGUAAUACCGAUGCAGGAAUACAUUUGGGAAAGCAAACAUGUAGCACCUAGCUGAUUUUACACGUGAUUUUAUAAUAAUUUGGCUGACAAAUAUGCAAAGACUAACCACAAACCAACUGCUCUGACUCAAAAGCAGAGAUGGAAUUCCCAUCGCUACAAAAUACAGUCCAGCAGUGAAGCACUGCUAUCUAGUGUCUGUAGUUUGUACUGCUAGCUAAAGCGCCAUCUUGAAACUUCCCACAAGUCAUUGCGGCACGUAGUAUAAAUGCUCGCGUGCCCUUUCCUCCGGUCUCAUUCUACCAUGGCGUGUGAUGAAGGAGCUGGAUUCAGCAGUUGGUCCUGGCACAUCCGGCUGUUGCCUUUAAAAAGAAUGGCCUGCUAUAAAUGAAGUGGCUGAUGGAAAUUUGUAUGCUGUACUUGUAUACAGGAUGACUUGAUUUUCCACUAGGAUGUUGGACUGAUGAAAUGAGAGGGUGCCUGUGUCAGGUGCAUGAUACGGCCCAGUGAAGUUGGCUGAAUGUGAUGAAGCUGCUGAGGGGCCUAUGCUAAGCAUCUAGAUGGUGUAGAUGAUGCUGACCUUGUCUUUGGAUGUCCUCCCUCCAGGUUGGCUGCUUAUGCUUGAUGCUUGAAUGGAGUCUACUCAUUGAUAGGUGAAGCUGUUGGCCUCCUGUAAACUUGAGUGCCCUGUUGAGGCAAGCCACAAUCUCACCAGAUUUGAGUUGCGGUCCAUUGGAUAAGUUGACAGGCUGGCAAUGUUCAGUGGCACUCAACCCAAGUUUGUGUGAGAUCAUCUGGACCUGGAUGUUCUGAUGUUAUCCAGUACCAGUUGACUGGUUUUUAAGUUUAAUGCCCUUUGAAUCAUGAAGGUGGGGGAUGUUGAUGGGCUGUAUUUUAAAAUUGUCUGGAAUCAAUUGAAUAAAAUUGAAUGAACUUUGAA